CCGAAGCCUCAGCUCUCAUGCAACAUAUGCAAGUUGCGAAAAGUCAAAUGCAACAGACAGAAUCCGUGCGACACUUGUACCAAUCACGGACAUCCGAACUUGUGCGAAUAUCCGAAAGGGAAUGUUGCGAUGAAGUCUUCGGCCAAGCAGAUCGACGUCCUGUCUAAACUACACCACCUGGAGAACCUCAUUCAUUCUUUAAAGAGCGAAUCGACGGUUUCGGGAAGCCAAUCACCAAAGGACUCCUCGAGUGCUAAGUCGACACGCGAGUCCGUGAGCACGGAGGUAGAUGGACUUUCCUCGACGUUCGGCCGACUUUCAUUUGACUAUAAGCGACCAAGCUAUGUAGGAAGCGAUCACUGGGCUGCAAUAAUUGAGGGCAUCACGGAGUUGAAAACACAAUUCCAAGAUACACAGCAACCUCACUUGAUUACGGAUCGGACUCCAAACAUAUGUAGCGAAGACGGCCCAGAGAUCUUUCACGGUCACGUCCGAGGCGUCUCAAGGGAGGAGAUUAUAGCCUCAUUGCCGAGCAAGGACGUUGUCGACGUCCUCGUCUCCACCUACUUCUCGCAUCGCGAGAACGUUCCAAUCUUCUUGCAUCAAGCCACGUUCCUCAAAGAGUAUCAAAAGUUUUGGCAUGAUGUCAACUCAAUGCCAAUAACAUGGGUGGGUCUUUUGUACUGCAUCAUGUUCUUCGCUGCAAGAUAUCAGAGCUCGUUCGAGUCUCGAGGAUUUGGAUCGGCCGGCGAGCUUCUGAUGACCCAAUCCGUAUGGCAGAUCCAGGAGUAUCGAGAGAAGGUGGUACAAUGCCUUUAUGCCGGAAGCUACAUUGUCCCCGGACAGUACACGGUCGAGACUCUGUUAAUGUACUUCAUGACGGAGCAUCACCAUCACACAGAUUCGCAAUUUGGUAAUUGGAUCCUCAUGGGGGAAAUCACACGGAUAGCGAUGCGACUUGGACUCCACAGAGAUCCAUCACACACCGCGAAGAUAUCUCCUUUCAAUGGCGAGAUGAGGCGCAGACUCUGGCUAGCAAUUGUCCAGUGCGACUUGACGACUUCUAUUCAGAUGGGUCUCCCUCGGAUGCUCCGUGAGCGCUCCUACGACACGCACGAGCCACUGAAUCUGCUUGAUUCUGAUCUAGUGGACGAAAUGGCUGAGCUGCCAGCCUCAAGGCCCGAUUCCGUGAUCACGCCAGUCUUCUACGUCACAAACAGAGGGAAGCUGCUGUCCGUCUUUGCUAAAAUUUCUGACAUGAUGACUUGUGUCAGGCCUAUCUCGUACGCCGAAGUUUGGGAGCUUGACAAUGAACUGUGUCAUGCUCGCUCGAAUCUGCCGGCGUCUUUGAAAUUUCGAUCGCCGUCCGUCUAUCCGCCCGAGGGCCAUGAGGUUUGGUAUUACCGCCUAUCUAUUGAUGCCGUGUACCAGCAUGCUCGCUGCACCUUGCAUCGCCCUUACCUGAUCCGAGCACGGACAAACGCCCGAUGCAUCCCCUCAAGAAAAGCAUGCAUAGAAGCGGCGCUGGCACUGUUAAGCUAUCAAGAGACGGUGAUGAUGGAGACGAUGCCUGGAGGACACUACGAGUUGUUCCGAUGGAAAGUGUCUUCUUUCUGGAACGAGGGAAUGCUUCUUGCUGUGACAGUGCUUUGUAUCGAUUUGAAUACAGACGUUGACGACGGACUUAUCAGCGACGGGUACUGGGCACAAGGCGACCGAAGCAUCAUAGCCGAAGCUCUCCGCGCCGCACAACGCAUCCUCCUGCAGUCGUGGAACAUCUCUGCGAAUGCGCGAAAGGCAGCAACAGCAAUCGAAGUAGUGUUAUCAAAGGCCGGUCUUACCACCGAGCAGAGCGUUGCUUCAGAAGCUGUGCUCGGACAACAAGCGCCGCAGUACUUGACUCAAAAUGCAUCACCUUGGUCAUUAGAAGAGUUCCUUAGUCCAGAGUUCCCGGAAUUCCAAUCCUGGAAUGAAUCUCUUUGACAGUUCCCUGGUUUCCACGACGCUCUUCGUCGGGACCUUCAUGCAUGAAUGGCUACUCUUAUGUCGCUAGAAGACCCUAGCAGACAAUGCAGUUACAGUUUAAGGCUCAUCCACCCUUUAUAGUUGCUAAUACCGUGGGCAAGUCAAUGUAAGUACACUCGUAGUUGAGUUCAUCAUUGAUCUUCUACCUAGCGACACAUCCGGAAUUUCUCAAUCUCUGAAUUUUGUUUUACUCAAUCGAACAUGUACCGCCCAAUUUCUAUUGCAGAAUCGCCUCGAUAAGCGACAUUUGACUCCUCACGUUCCAAAUUUUCUUGAAGUUUAGACCUGCUGCAUCUAGAAGCUUUCUAAACUCGUCUGGGGUGCGCUCG